CUUUUCCUCGUGCAGUGGGACACCGCAAAACAAAACACUAUCCGGCGGGUUGGUCGUUCAGUCAAUAAUCACGGAUCAAAGUGUAAUUUAAAACAAUGACCACGUCCAAGGAGUUAAAUGUAGCCAGAAAGAGCCUUGUCACAUCGCUUGGAGAAAAUGCAAAACUGUACUUUGAAAAGAUGAAACUCUGGUUUCAAAUGAAGACGACGAAAGAGGAAUUUGAUUGCGAAGCGAGGAACAUCAUGACCGAAGAUCAAGUUCAUCUUCACAACGAGUUUCUUCUCUGUUUAUUCAACAAGGUCAGAGGCCUGGCUGCUGCGACACCUGUUCGGAAGAUAGAUCGAGAUAAAGCGAUGAAAGAGAAAAAGUUGAGAUUGAAACGGAAAUAUAAAACGGACAAGUCUAAUUUCGAGCCCGCGGACGUGUACGUCGAGGUACUGAGCCAAACUUCGUCGCCGGUGGGAGACGAGCCUAUCGGAGCUAAUCGUUCCAGCGCCCAAGAGCUCGUCCUGCCCGACAGGACGUUCGUUUUGGCGAGAUUGAUGCUCGCAGCGUGGGAGAACAAUAUGGACGGAGCAGAGGAAAAUACCGCGCACAUAGUCAUAGCGGCUACACAGAUCUUUUUGAAGAACAUACUCACAGCGAUGUUCACAAGGAGGAAAGGGUACGCGGUCAGAGACGGUUCUUUCAUUUAUAAUAUCGGCGAGCCAGUGCCUAGCUCGUGGAAAAGGAAUUCCGCUUGUGCACUACGAUCGUCCGAGUACAAUGCAACGGAAAUAAUAGAUCCUUACGGUCAAGUACCUGUGACGAAACCGAACAUCGAAGAAGCGGAACAAGCCACAGCUUUUGUUUACGCGUGUUCUCCGCAAACUAUUCCUCCGUCGUUGAAACCUGUUAACACGGCCGAUUUGCAGCAUACGUUAAAAAUUUAUAAAAAUCUUGUUAGCAAUCAUACCGUAUAUGCGACCAACAUGGAACGUUUAUUUACACAUGUGACGCAUCCGACGUGGGAAGAUCUCGAAGCCAAGAGGCUGUGUCACCGACCUGUAUCAUAAUUAUUUGUUAAACGCUUUGUAAAACGAAUUUAUACGCCCUCACGCUGUCGAGAUCGCAGCACUUGGCCAUCGAUUUAACAUAUGGAAUAUACAUCUCUCAUCGUUUCGCAAUUUCA